UUGUCCACAAAAAAGAACAUCAUUUGUUCAAAGGAUGCAAAAGAUUAUCUAAAUAAAGAAAAGCCUGCUGAAACACCACAGAUCGGCUUUUACGUAUAUAUUUUAUGCUUUGUGGCAGUUAUUGGAGGCUUUCUUUUCGGCUAUGACAGUGCAGUCGUCUCAAGUGCAAUGCUUUACAUUCCGGAUGCUGAUGGUAUGAAAAAAUUGAGCGUUAUUUGGAAGCAGCUUAUUGUCAGCAUUACACCAGGCUUAGCAGCUAUUGGAGCGCUACUUGCAGCACCAUCUUCUGAUCAUUUUGGGAGAAAGAAAGUCAUCAUUUUUUCUAGUUUGGUUUUCACGAUUGGCGGUAUAGUCUGUGCCGUUUCUCCUGAGAAGAUAACAUUAUUCUUCGGAAGAAUGCUUUUGGGAUUAGCCAUUGGUCUGUCGUCUGUCAUUGUGCCAGUUUAUGUUGGCGAAACAUCGCCAGCAUAUAUGCGUGGAUUUCUUCUAACAGCCUUUCAAGUGAUGAUAUGUUUUGGCGAAAUGUCUGCUAGCCUAAUAUCAGGUGCUUUUUCAUACAUUGAUCCUGAAAAAGUUGGAUGGAGGUUAAUGAUGGGAUUUACAUCAGUUCCCUCGUUUAUCCAACUCGUUGGUUUUCUUUUUCUGCCAGAAAGUCCGCGUUAUCUGUUCAAAAAAGGACAGGAAAUAUUGACAAAGAAGGCAAUUUUUGUUCUUAGUAAAAUCUACAAAAAUGAUCUGAAUUGGGUGGAAUAUGAAAAGGCUGAAAUAGCAAGAGUUUGUCAGCAGGAAUUGGAAGCAAAAGCAACAGCUACAAAUGAAAUUGUAAUUGUUCGAAUGUUGAAAACACGACAUGUUCGUAAAGCAUUAAUUAUUGGCUGUUUAUUACAGAUGUUCCAACAGCUAUGCGGCAUUAAUGCUAUUAUGCAUGAGUUUUUUUUUUUGGGUACUUUUGUACCACUAUUUUUGAUUGACAAAUUCGGUCGCCGUUUAUUGUUGCUAAUAUCAGUUGCCGGUGUCGAUGUUGCUCUGUUUUUAACUGCUGUUGCAUUCUUGUUGAUUAAUCGAGAUUCAGAUCUUGUAAACACUGAAGUUGCUUCAGAAUACAAUAUUACUGAUUCUUCAUGUUUCGGAUACAGUAACUGCGACUACUGUGUAACCGACGACAACUGCGGAUUCUGUUAUCUCAAAGACUCUGAUAUUCUUGGUCAAUGUUUGCCGGUAAAUGACGAUGAUUCUGAUCUUUCAACAGUUGGUUGGUGUUCAACUGCCGACACAAACUUUACUUUUCAUAACGAAUAUUGCACUACAAAGUACACAGCAAUGCCUAUAGUCGCUAUCAUUAUCUAUAUUUUUUUCUUUGCAAUAGGGUUUGCUCCUUUGGCAUGGGCACUCAAUGCAGAAUUUCAUCCAUUAUGGGCUCGAAGUUCCGGCUGUGCUCUGUCAACAUUUACAAAUUGGUUUUUUAGCUUAAUAAUUUCGCUAACAUUUCUAAGUCUUAGUACAGCAAUUACAAAAUAUGGUGUAUUUUUUAUAUAUGCUGGAAUAACGUUUGUUGCAUUUUUCUUUGUUCUAAAAUUUAUACCAGAAACAACUGGAAUUGGUAUCGAAGAUGUGGAGCUGCUGUUUAUGGACGAAACCACACGAAAGAAAGUCAUUGCUGAACGUGAAAAAAGUAAUGGGGAAAAAGAGGAAGAAACUUUGGAAAAAAAAAUAAAUCAUCAAAAAAGCAUAUCUGAAAACAGCGCAAAUAUUAAAUAUUAG